AUGUCACCUUAUCAUCGUGGUAUCCUUGAGACACCAGUUAUAGUUCUACACAGCACCCGUGAGCAUACCCACAGGUCUCGUCAACAAAACCAAGAUGUCCUCAGAAAAAAGAAGAGGGCUAUCACUGCCCGCCGGCAACAUCUCAAGAGUGUUAUGCUCCAGAUUGCUGCUACUGAGCUUGAAAAAGAAGCUGUAGCUAAGGAAGAAGAAAAAGCCAAUUAUCUUGCAGAACACUGUCCACCUCUGCACAUGCCAAGUUCCAUGCAAGAACUGCAGGAAUUUGUCAAAAAACUUCAUACUAAGGUAGAAGAGGUUGAUGAGGAAAGAUACGACACAGAAGUUAAAUUACAGAAAACUACCAAAGAGCUUGAAGAUUUGAGCCAGAAACUGUUUGACCUGAGGGGCAAAUUCAAGAGGCCACCCCUGCGUAGAGUCCGCAUGUCUGCUGACGCUAUGCUGAGAGCCCUUCUGGGUUCCAAACACAAAGUCUGCAUGGAUCUUAGAGCUAAUCUGAAGCAAGUCAAGAAAGAAGACUCUGAAAAGGUAUUUAGAUAGUUGAAAAGUAGCAAUUUCCUACUAGUAGUUUGGCUAAAUGCAUCUGUCAAGAAUUUCACUGCAACCACCAAGUAUCUUGAUGUCUUGGGUAUAUUAAACCUAUGCUUAGCCAUCUAUCAUCCUCAAUAUUUACCCUUGGUUGUUCAGUCUAAUAUUUGAAGAAACUGGUUCUGUAAUAAAGAGACGGAAUCAGAGUGAUGUGGUAGCUGUCUUCCAGUACUUGAGGGGCUGUCACAG